CUGAUCAGCGCAGCGCUCACUGCUCGAGUCUCGCUCAUCCUUAUACCGACCGUGUGCGGGAUCGCUGUAGACCGCAUUAUCUCCAUCUCCAAACUCAAACUAGGCGUGUAUCUUCUGCCUCAACGUCUAACUGCCACAGCCUUGCGGUGGGCUCCGAGAACUCAUAUCAACAAACUGGCAGCAGUGGAGUGUGGAAAAGCACCAUGGGCGGACCUAAUCUCGAAGUCUUCAAGUUCGCUGUCUACGUCUUCUUCCCCGUGGCCAUGAUGCUGCAUUAUGGCGACCCAGAAUGGUACCGAAAGCACGUCUUGACGUACAAAGACAGAAUAUUUCCGCCGGAUGAGCGUCUCGUUACGAAAUUGCCAACGGACCAGAGUGCACUGAGGGACGAGCUUGCGAAGAUACGUGCGCGAAAAGCGGAACGGCGAGCGGAGAGGGAGCGGGAGGAACGCUCAAGCUAGGACGUGAUGCACGAAGUAGCAUCUACGUCGGUCUACGGCCUCGAAGGUGACAUGUUAUUUGGAUCAUCAUCCACAUGUCUGUAUAACGCACCCGCUCUGCACAUUGUACCUAUACAUCUAGCAUGCAUUGCAAACCCCCACUGCUCGCCAUUGCUCUGCAUCCUCUAGCCUAUCGGCUAGGAUACUGAACGAUCUCUUGACUAGAAAGCUUGAUUCCUAUCUGUUCUAGUCGGGCGUCGUCUCUAUCAAUCAUUCUGUAAGUAGCUUACCAUUUGAUUCCAUAUUGUUAGACC